CUAGUUGGUACCAUUGGCUAUAGGCUAAAACGAGCCAUGGCUAGAGCAAAGCCGCGCCCGAGCGCGCGAAUGAACGAUUCAAUGUUCACCAUAACCGUUCCGAGAAACCUCACUCGUCUGAUCUUUCUCUAAUCUCUCCCUUGUGGUGUGUGUGCUUGUCUUUGUAUAACCCUCUCUCUCUCUAUCCUUGCUCUCUCAACACCUAGCAAUUAUACAAUCCGAUUAUACCAAACCAAAUAAACCUAUCUCUUCUUCUCUUUCACUCUCGCCGAUGGUAUUUGUGGUUUAAUAUCAUUACUCUUACCUUUACGGCGUCGAAGGAUUUAUUAACUAGGGCUGUCGAGAGCAAAAGCAUUGAGACUUUAAAGGUUAGCAUAUGGAGGGAAGUGUUCGUUAACUGUGAUCAGUAUAUUGGUAUAAUUAUCUGCUGAGGAUUGAUUGACAUCUUGUGCCAAUGGCGGCUGAUCAUCGAAGAAAAAGGCUUAAUGGUGCCAGCAUAUCAGGUUGUAGUUCUUGGGAGCAAUAUAAAACCAAAAAGAAAAAAUUGGAGUCACCAAAAAAUGAGUUGAAUGCAAAGUCUCAUAUUUCUCUUGAGUGGGAUGGCAACCGAAAACAGGUUGUUGCCAAAAGGGAACAAAUUGGUUUGAGUCAGAAAGAUUUGAGGACAUUUAUUGAUCCUGCUCCUCAGCGUCACAGUAUCGUAGCAGAUGUCCUUGCCAUUCCUCAAGAAAUUUUUGAGGUGAAGAAUUUGAAAGAGGUGCUUUCAUACGAGGUUUGGCGGACCCAUUUAUCGGAAAAUGAGAGAAAAUAUCUUAAACAGUUUCUACCUAGAGGAUCAGAUGCAGAAGAAGUUGUGCAUGCAUUGCUUUCUGGGGACAACUUUCAUUUUGGAAAUCCUUUCCUCAAAUGGGGUUCUUCACUUUGUUCUGGCAAUCUUCACCCUGAUGCUGUUGUUCGUCAGGAAGAGUGUAUAAAGGCUGAUAAGAAAGCCUACUACUCUGAGAUACAGAACUACCAUAAUGACAUGAUAAAAUAUUUGCAAAAGCUGAAGGAGACCUGGGAAAGCAGCAAGGAUCCUGAAAAGGAAGUUUUGCAGAAGAUAUCGAGUAGGUCAAGAAGAGAUGCUGACAAAAGAAUUUCCUCACAUGCAAAUGAGUCUAGAUUUCCCGACUCUGAGGAGAAUGCUGUGGCUACAUCUGAAUCUUGCUCUUUGGUUGGAGAGGAGAAAGCAUUUAGCAGUGACAAUCAAAACUCUUCAGCUACAAAGAGUGGAGAACUUCAAAGAAGUGACAGGAUUCAUGAUAAAGGCUUCACGAAGGAUAAAACUAGAAAGCCGUUGGUUGCUUCGGAUGAUGCAGGAACCAGAAAAGGAGAAAAAUUACAGAGGCAUAAUAUUCACCAGACUGAUGGUGACAAAUAUAUGUCAUACUUAAAGAUAAGCAAGAAGCAGCACCAACUUGUUAAGAGUAUGAAGCAUUCUGGUAAAAGCAUUCAGUCCAAGUCUCUUAAUCGUGUCUUAGGUAACCUUGAUACGCUGCAUGUUCAACCAUAUGAAGAAUUUGUAAAAGAGGAGCAGAAGAAGUUGCAGAAGCAUUGGUUUAAAAUUGCAAAUAAAGAUCUUCCUGCAGCAUAUGGAAACUGGAGACAGAGACAGUUCCAGAGACAUGAGAUCCUCAAGUCUUUGGAGCAAGACAUGAAAGACAAAGUGGAAUCCUGGAUGGAGGAAGAGGAGGGAACGAACCGUGACAUUGUUCUUCAGGACCAGAACAAUGAACAGAACGAUCAAGGAGAAAGAGGAGAUGAAUCUGUGUUGGAGGAUGAGGAGAAACUGAACCAUCUGGAUCAGAAUAUUGAAGGUGCAAGAAAUCAUGAUUCUGAUACGGAGGAUGAGGAGAAAUUUGAUGAUGAUACUGUUGUUGAGGACCAGAAUGAUCAAGAAGCAAGAAAACAUGAAUUCAGUGAGGAGGAUGAGGAGAAAGAGAGCCACAAUGAAGUUUUGCUUGAGGAUCAAAAUGAUGGAGCAAGAAAUGAGGCUGAGGCUUCUUAUGAGGAAGACGAUGAAGUUUCUGGUUCUAGCUCUCCACAGCAGAUUUCUUCCCUCAAUGUUGGCCAUGAUCUUAACCCUGUCGAUGUGGAUUCAGAAAGUAAUCAUGUGGGGUCCAGGUCAGAUGAUGCUUCUCCAAAUGCAUCUGAGUACUCCGGUAAUGCAAACAAUGCAGAUGCUUCCAUUAGACAUGGGGUUCCAAUCUCAUCUGGUGGAGAUGUCUGGCCAGCAAAUAGCAUGGGACAGUCUUUUUAUGAGUCAACUACAAACCAUGAAUUUGUGCCUACUAGUGAGUUGUCGCUCCAACACCCAGUGAAUGAAGCCCAACGGCACCAAUUAAUUGAUUUGGAAUCUGAUGUGCAUGAAGAAGAUAAUGGUAAAGUUUUGUUUCACAGACAAUCUGAUGAUGGUUCCUUCAGUUCUUACCCAAAUCAUGACCGAAGUGGGUUGCUUCAAUCUCUGUUUAAGGGCCAGGAGAUGUUACCCUACCAUCGUGAACAAAGAUCAAUGGGGUUAGAUUACCAAUCAACAAACAAUGUAUUGAUUGAAGAUGGUCAUUUUAAUGGGCAUCUCCAAAGGCAGCUUCAACCCUCACUACUUGAGCAUGGGCAAAAGAGACAUGGUGACAAUUACAUGCAACAGUCUGUGUCAGACAGCAUUUAUUCUGAAGGAAGUGCAUACCUAAUGCCGAGACAAGGACAUGUGCCGCCUGUCAAUCUACAAGAUUGGCCUGUUAAUCCUGUUCGCAUGUCAUCACGACUUCAUCCUCAGUUAAACAAUGAUGUAUUAUUGAGCCAGAACUGGUAUUCUGGCGAGCAUCAUGUUCGUGGUGGUUGGAAUAGUACGGAUAAUGUGAGUGUCCCUGGCCAGAGCAUGGGAAGCAGUGCAGACCAGAGCUUGUAUAGUGUACUAUCCCAGUGUAACCAAUUGCGUUCAAGUAGCCAUUUUGAUUCAAUGGGGCCUACUGAGCAGUUCAUGUUGCCAAGGAACUAUGAAAUGGCAAGUGGUGUUGCUUCUAGGAUAAGUAAUUCUUUACCGCAAGCAGCGCAUCCUCUUGACUACUUGAGUGGACGCGAUGCCUCAAAUUCUCUGAUGUCUGAUGAUGCUGGGGGAUGGAUGUCUUUGCCUCAGAAUGCAGGCUUAAAUGAUCCAGUGGGGAAAUCAUACCUUAGGUCGUGGAAUCAGUAAGACUUAUUGUUCAUUUUAUGUGGGUUUCAAGUUUAUGAUCCUGGUCGGAAGAUUGUGUCACAGGAAAGGUUAAAACACAAGAUGCAUGCCAAAGGACUUUUGUCCAUCUGAGGAACUAGAAUUUUGAGGUUACUGUGGAUUUGCAGUAUCACCGAGAUAGGAUUUGUACAUACCUUAUACAUGAGAGUCAACUGAAAAAUCCCCUGUAUAUAUCCAGAUGAUAGAUGGGCAGCUGGAGGCAAGGAUAAGGGAAGGAUCAAAAGGAUUCUGAUAUCUCUAUUUGGUAGGUGGAUAGGUGGAUUUAUAUAGUAAAUGUUUGUUUCCAGUGGCAUUUUCAUUUUCAAUUUUCCCUUGACUGAGAAAUAUCAUUUAAUAAUUUGGAGGCUUUGAUUUGCCUGACGCUUUCUCUCUUUGUU